AUGCAGAUUUCACUAUUUCUAUUCAGUUUCAUUUCACUUUAUUUGACUACCAGGAGCGAUGAUACUACCAUCGUUUAUCCAUCAUCUGACAAUCAACUAAAAUUACAACAAAUAAUUAACGCUGCUGUGAAUCCUACAACAAUAUUACUUAAGCCCGGUAUCUACACAGAAUCACUUGUUAUUGAAAACAAAUUCGUUUCUAUAAUUGCCCAAAAAUCGGAUCAAGUUGUUGAAUUUAAACCGUUUCAAAACAACAUCGCUAUUCUUUAUCGAAAUGGUGGUGGUGGUCAAGUUCAAGGCAUACUUUUUACGGGAAACAACGCCACUGGUAUUAGUGGUUCUCGUAAUGAUAAAGAAGAACCUCCUGGCAAAAUCGGAAUUUUCAAUUGUACCUUUAGAGAUAUUGGAAAUGGUGUGAUCAAUCGAUUUACUCACAUUUCCAUUGUUGGAGUUGCUGUUAAUCGAGCGCAGUGGUUUUCCAUUGAUUUGCGGGGUCUUCUUGAGGAUUCAAUCACAACCGUUCAAGAUAUUUUCAUUUUAGACAGUGGAAAUGGACUUAUCCUACGCGAAUUAAGUGGUACUUUCGUUUUCUAUAAUAUUGUCUGCCGAAAUAAUGAAAAUGGUGGUCUCAUUAUUUUUGAUACGCUUAGUGGUCCACUAACAAUAGUCGAAAGCACAUUUGUCAACAAUCGAAUAGCCAAUGUUUUCAUUUCCAAUUCAUAUGCCGUUAUUGUCCGUGAUAGUUUGAUUAUGAAUGCACGUCCCAAAUCAGACGAUACCUAUGGCGAUGGAUUUGUAGCAAUGAAGAACAAGGAACCGAUAGAAUUACGUACAAGUAGAGUAUACGACAAUUAUCGUGCUGGUGUGAGUAUAUGGGGUGGUACAUUGAUAUUGAUAAACGACUAUCUUCAUGGGCAUAAAUUCGAUCUCAAUUAUGAAACUUUUGAUGGUAUUUCAGGCAACUUUGAGGGUUCAACGGGAAAUGUUUGUUCUGAUUAUCCACCUCGUUACAUAUGUGCAGCUGUGUCAUCAAGAUUGGAACCACCUGAACCUAUUUCUCCUACACACUGA